AAAACAACUCCUCAGUGGCGACCCCCCCCCCCCCUACCUUCUGAGCGAGUUCCCGCACUGCGGAAAACUCGAAUCUUAUAUUCAACUUCACGCGGAAUUGAUUGAUACUACUUUCAACGACGUCCUCCCCAGUUGUCGCUGACAAUGGGGGGUGCAAAGAAGAAAGGGGUGGUCAGAGCUGCAUCUCCAUGGCCCAACUGCUCAUACAAUCAUAAAGACCACAACAAAAGCGCCCAUGCAGCUGCCAUCCUCACAGAAACAGCAGAGCUGAAGCAAAUUGCUGACUGGACCCAGGGGCUACCCCCCUGGGAUCUAUUCAUCUGGUUUAUGAGUUCAGUCAAAGAUCUUGCAGCAAAGGUGCAUGACCAUGCCAGCAACAAUGGCAGUGAAAACCAUGAUGGCCAGAAAGAAGUACUUCAACAGAUCCAAGAUAUGUUUGAUAAGCAGACAGAGGAGAUGAAAGCUCUACAGUACUUAAUGCAGUCUCUGAAAGCAACCAAUAGCCCCCCAGCAUCUAAUCCCUCCAGCCAUGCAAACUCUUAUCAGGAUGUGGCUCUAGCAAGUCACCUGAUGUCAACAAAGUCUUCUUUGGUCUUGAACUGGAUGCAGGGCAAUACCAAUGGAUCCAUUGGUACAAACAGAACACUAAGCACCUCUCCAAGCAGCCAAGCAACCCCAUUUCCACUGAAAACAGACCUGGAGAUCCAUAUCUGAGGUACAGACCACCAGAUCGUCGACCUGUUGUGCCACCAGAAGGAGGCCAAGGUUGUGGAGCAGGCAA